AUGGCUUUUGGUUCCCGUAACUCCCGUAGAGGCUCCCGCCCGUUGCUCGCUCGCUGGCGACACGGCGCGGCUGCAGCCCCCCCGCUCCUCGGUGGCGACAAAAAGACAAGUAAAAGGGUCGCUGCGGUUCUCCACAGCACUAUCCAGCGUCUUCCGCUCAUCUCCCACAUUGUCAUGCUCUUCCUCGCCCUCUACGGGCCCACCCAGGGCCAGUACUAUGUCGCUUUUGUCUUUUUUACGCUCCACAUCGUCCUCGUCAGCAGUCCGUCCCCCCCGCCGAACACCGGCCAGCGCUGUUCUCCCACGUUUGGAACUAACCCCCAAAACUUGUUUAGAUGCCUUUACUUUGUCCGCGCACAUGCUGCUACUAAUUGGUGGGACUAUUAUGUUCAACACUCGAAGAAUGCCCCCGCUUCGGCUCUCGAGACGCCCUAUACGCCUCGUACGCUCCCGCACCUCAUCGUCAUCCCGUCCUACAAAGAGUCGAUGGCCACCCUUACCCAGACCCUCUCCAUCCUCGCCUCGCACCCGCUCGCAAAGGCCACGUACAAGGUCUGUCUCGCCAUGGAAGAACGCGAGGCUGGGUCUCGAGCCAAGGGCGAGUCUCUCAGGGCCCAAUAUGUGGACAAGUUCCUUGAUAUCUCCGUGUCCAUCCACCCCUCUGGUCUUCCUGGCGAGGUGGCCGGCAAGGGUAGCAACGUCGGCUGGGGUGCACGAUGGCUCGUCGAGCGCGAAUUCAUGGCCGCCGAUUUCGACGACGACGAGGAAGAGGCCCGCUCCGCCACCAUUCCAGACGGCAUCCUCACUGUCAUGGACGCCGAUACUGCCUUUGCAUCCGACUACUUCCUGGCCGCUGCUGUCAAGUAUCUCCUCAGCGAGCCCGAGAAGCGGGAGCGCAUGAUGUUUGUUCCACCCAUCAUCUUUGACCGCAACCAGGCAGACGUCCCCGGAAUCACUCGCGUCACUGAUAUUAUGUGGGCCGCUGUUUCAUUGACCCAGUUUCUCCGCAGUGGUAUUGGAGGUAUCUAUCCUUCCUCUCUGGUCAAGGUCCCCACUUCUGCAUACUCGGUCUCCAUCGGUCUCGCUACUCAUGUCGGUUUCUGGGACACUGGCCCGGAGGCGAUCGGCGAAGACAUGCACAUGUUCUGCAAAUCGCUUCUUGACACCCGCGGUCACCUCCACGUCGAGACCAUUUACUCGCCCGCCAGCCAGUGCAAUGUGAUUGGCCCUCGCUUUAGCAACCAGACCAAGGUUCAGCGCUUUAUUGGUGACAGCCACGCCCGAUGGACACAAGGUGUCCGCCAUUUGUGGGGCUCUCUGGAUACCACCUAUGUUUGGACCCGCUUCUUGACGGGCGACUUCGGCGUAUCACCGCAACGUGAAGCUGAACACCGCCUCGCACGCCUCGAAAUGCGCAAGCACGUCCAACAGGAUCGCAUCAACAAUGGCUACGAUACCGCUGACCGCUAUGCAAGUGACUCGGAUGCCAACGACUACUUUUCGCGUCCUCAGACCACCAAGGCCACUCGCGUCCGCCUCCAGGUUCGCACACAGGGUGAGGAACUCGGCGAUAUGGAACUCUUCCGCAAAAAGGCCAAUCAUCAUAUCCCCGGCCGUCACGUCUCUCGUCUGCCUGCUUGGGCCGCAAGCCCCGGUGUGAUUGACACGGAAUCUUCCGCUUCUUCCUUUGUGUCCGGAGACGCCAGCCCACCGUCACCAAUCGACACUCAGUCCGACUACUCGUUCUCGUCUGUUGGCGAUGAUGGCUCCCCGACCAACACUGAUGUUCGCCCGACCAUCCGCACCAAGCACAGCAGGGCCGCCACCAAGAGGCAACUCGAGUCUAUUGGUCUCGUCCGCGACAGGAGCGCCGCCACCCCCGCACCUGCUCAACGCCGUCAGGAUCGCACCCGUCUCUUGCCCAUUCUCGUCUUGCUCAUCCGCUUGUACGAGGCGCAUUUGAUGAUUGGUCACUUCGUCAUCCUCGUCUCCAUCAUCGUCUUCUGGCCACCCCUUCGUGAUCUCUUCCAGGGUACCUAUGUCUUCUCGACUCCAAAGGCCGACUUCUGGAACUGGUCCGUGAUUGAAGACCGUUGGAGCUGGAAGGACAAGGACCGAGUGCUCAACACUGCGAUCGAGCUCUCGUGGCGUCUUGGUGUCCUCGGCGCUCUGGCCACUGUCAUAAUUUGGAUCUACCACGAUCGUUAUCACAUGGAGGCUUGCUCUCGAUGGACCAGGCAGCAUCCCACCAAACAGGUCGCAGGCCAGCCGCCAAUGUCGGCCACUAGCGAGAAGAACCUUGAAAUCUUUGGCACGGACAAUAGCGCCGGCUUUGAUGCGCAUGACCUUGGACUGCGCCCGAGCCCCUUCUCGGAACGCAAGCUGCCCCGCAGUCUGUACGAGUACGUGUCGAUGCCCGGAGGUCUCCUCUUUGGUGCCAUCCCGCUACUGUAUUCGCACUUCUGGCACUUGUGGACCGACAAGCUCGCGUACACUGUCAGCGCCAAGCCGAGCGUUGCGCCGGUCACUGUCAAGGAGCUCCGCGAGUAA